CUGCUGCUGCUGCCGCCGUCCCCCCCCUCGCUGGUGGUGGGGGUCUGUUGACGCCGGACCACCCGCUUCUCCAUGCUGUACUCCUGUUCGCCCACUCGUGGUUCCCCCUUGACCAGGAACUCCCCGCCCUGGAAGGUGACGGAGGCGUCGGUCCGGGGGUCUAAGGAGACAGAACCAGUCUGAAACGGGAGUGCCGGCAAAAGCCUGGAGAGACACCAGAAACUCCUGGUGAGGACUGAAUGAAGCCGGAGUUCUGCAGAAGCAGAGGGCAAGCUGACAGUUUUUCUGGCCAGAGGAUGGAUUGGCCCUACCGAAGUGGCAGCCAGGUGUGGGAAAUGGGCCAUCUGAGCCGGGUGGGCUGCCGGAGCUGAGGAUGGGGUGGAGGCCCCCGGGCUGGCUCUUGGCCUUGCCCACGGCAGUCGUCUAUGGCUCUCUGUCCCUCUUUGUGUCUAUCCUGCACAACGUGUUCCUGCUGUACUACGUGGACACCUUCGUCUCUGUGUACAAGAUCGAUAAGCUGUCCUUUUGGAUUGGAGAAACAGCUUUCCUCAUAUGGAACAGUCUCAACGAUCCUCUCUUUGGCUGGCUCAGUGACCGGGUGUUUCUCAGCACACAAGAGAUUGGAGCAGAGAUCUCCCCACCUGAUGUGAUCUUGAAGCGCCUGAAGGCCUUGAGCUGGAAUGGCCCACUGUUUGCCCUCUCCUUCCUGGCCUUCUGGGUGCCCUGGGCCCGCCCGGGUUUGCAGUUCCUGGUCUGCCUGUGCUUGUACGACAGCUUCCUCACCAUGGUGGACCUGCACCAUAACGCUCUGUUGGCCGACCUGGCCGUGUCAGCUCGGGAUAGGACCCGCCUCAACUUCUACUGCUCCCUCUUCAGCGCCUUGGGCUCCCUGUCCGUCUUCCUGUCCUACGCCGUCUGGAACAAAGAGGACUUCUUCUCGUUCCGGGUCUUCUGCGUGGCACUGGCCAGCUGGUCGGUGGUUGGGUUCACGGUGGCCACGUGGCUGUUGAGGCAGCGGUUUGCGGCUGACGGGAACCCCAGAGGGACCCGAGACUCCUCCUUGGAAGAGCUAUAUGUGGAGAAGCCCCCUGUUGGGGAGGAGAGAAGGACCACCCUGGCCGAAUACCUCCGGCAGCUGUCCCGGCAUCGCAACUUCCUCUGGUUCGUCUGCAUGAACCUUGUGCAGGUGUUCCACUGUCACUUCAACAGCAACUUCUUCCCUCUCUUCCUGGAACACCUGUUGUCGGAUCGGAUCUCCCUCUCCGCGGGCUCCUUCCUGCUGGGGGUUUCCUAUAUCGCCCCGCAUCUCAACAACCUCUACUUCCUGUCCCUGUGCCGAAAGUGGGGGGUCUAUGCGGUGGUGCGUGGACUGUUCUUCUUGAAACUGGGGCUCAGCGUGCUGAUGUUCCUCGCGGGGCCUGACCAGAUCCAUCUCCUCUGCCUCUUCAUUGCUAGUAACCGGGUGUUCACCGAGGGGACCUGUAAGCUACUGAACCUGGUGGUGACCGACCUCGUGGACGAGGACCUCGUGGUGAACCGCCGGCAGCAGGCAGCCUCUGCCCUCCUGUUUGGGAUGGUGGCCCUGGUCACCAAGCCGGGCCAGACGUUCGCCCCGCUCGUCGGCACCUGGCUGCUCUGUUUCUACACUGGUUAUGACCUCUUCCAGCGGGAUCCCCUGAGCCCCGCAGUGAGCGCCCGCCCUUGGCUGGAACCCCCCGUCCCCCAUGUCACCUGGGCCCCCUCGCUGCGCCAGGGCUGCUUCUACCUCUUGGUGUUCGUACCCAUCGCCUGUGCCCUGCUGCAGCUCCUCGCGUGGUCCCGCUUCACCCUGCACGGAAAACGCCUGCAGGUGGUCAAGGCCCAGCGUCAGAGUCUGGUACAGCCGUGGGCCCAGAACGUUAAGGUCGUCUGAGGUUCCUGGGAAAGGCGGCGGUCCCGGUGACCUGACCAGAACCGGACUAGAGGAAGCCAGACUGCGGAGCUUGGUCCCUGACUGUGAAAUGUUCAAGUUUACGUAUUUGGGGGGCUGGGGAGUGGACGGGGCAAGGGGUAGGGGCACUGCCCAUUUCAGGCCAGAGUCCUCUCAACCCGCCCCACCCUCUGUGGGGUAGAGAAGUGGGCGGUGCUUGUUGUCAAACUGGAAUUUUUCCCUCGAGGGGAAAGAAGCCACUCUCCCAUCCUGUCCUGUUGGUCGCAGGAGACCCUGAGCCAGUUUUCUAGGCCAGCUUCCCUCCCUAGAGGGUCCAGGGAUGGGGUGCCCCUCCUCUCCCUCCGCAGACAUCUGUGGCCCCAUCUACCCUCGUAGAGGUUUGUGGGACCUACUGUAUGUGCGGGGUCAGAAGAGGACAGGGCCCUUUGAUCCUCGCUGAGGGACCUGAGGAGAUCCAAGAGCAUGAACUGGAACUCAAGGUGGUAGUGGGGCCCGUGGGGGAGGAGGGGGCAGCGUGACGCCCCGACGUCCUCCCUCUUGGCUCUUGCAGGCAUGGGUCUCCACCCGCCUGGUGCUGUGCCCCCAGCCCCCUAGACUCUGCCCAGGUCUAGGAAGGGACUGCUAAGCCCUCGAGUCCCUCCCUCCACUUCUCCCUGAGCAGUGGGAGUAGAGUCUCGAUUAUCCCAAAUCUUGAUUGAGCCAAGGGGCAUCUAGAACUGCUCCUAGGGACCCCUGAGCUUCUGAUCCACCCAGCCUGGGGUCUCUCCCCGCUUCACAGCUGGGGAAGAGUGACCCUGAAUUUGAGAUUUGGAGCAGAGCUCGAGGUGAGGGGUAAGAAGGCCAUUUUGGGGGUCGGGGGGAGAUGAGGCCACCUGUGUCCUUCUCAGUCUCACUGUGUUAACCGGAGCCUCGCCCACCCCCGCUCUGGGCCUUGCUUCCCCAGCCUCUCGCGGGGCCACACUGCCGACACUGGAUCUCUGCCACAUUUGGCUAAAAAACACCAGCCCGAUCCGCAGUCUACUUCAGAUUUGCAUGUGGCCCCGUCUGACUUGAAGUCAUUUCUUUCUCAUCGUCCCAGGGUUAGAAGGUGGUGAGGGGCUGGAGUGGGGCUCUGUUUGACCUUCCCUCUCCCCCCUCCCCCCCCUUCCUCAUGUUUACAUUCUCUCAUUUAGCCAAGCCAGGGGCGAGCCUUUACUGGGGAGAAAGCACAAAGCCAGCAUCUUGGGGAAACCCCCUUUACCAGCUUGUCUUAACCCCCGCUUCCUCAGCUCGGCAGGGUGGGUCUCCCCCUGGCCUCAGCCCCCGAGGGACUAUGCCCGCCCCUGCCUUGGGCAGGAUGCCUGAAUAUGGGGAGGAAACCCCCCACCCCCAGCCCAUGCUGGCUCCAGGCACCCUGCUCUUCCUUAACUGUGACCAUUGUCCUCUCCUCUCCCCCCCCCCCCCCCCCCCCCCCGCCAUCUCAGGUUACAACUGCCUCGGUCCCAGGUGUAUACUGCCAUACUGCCUCAUCUUUCUGCUCUGAUGGCCUGUGGGCCAUGGGCUGCUGGUGGGGAUCUGGGUCGGGCCUCAUUUCCUACUGAGUGAUUAAAAUCGUGACACUCUA